AGGGUGGUACAAAACGUAAACAAACUGUCAUUUUUCUUAUUUUCGCGGGUAUUUUUAGUCAAUAAAAAGUGAGGAUUUUCCACUAAAGAGCAAAAGGAAAAUGUCGAAACGUAUUGUGAAUAUUUCCCCACAGCUGUGCUCCACAAAAAUCGCCGUCACGGAGGACGUGAGUGAUGUGCGGGAGAGGAUUCAGGCGCAUGUCAGUCGCAGAUCUGCUUCCGGAAUUCCAGCACAAUCGCCAGAGGGUUUGAGACGGCCCGUGGGUGUCCAGCAGAGGCGCCCCUACUCCCAGUGGGGCUUUACAAAUGGAGAUCCCAUUGCUGGAUCUGUUCACCUCAAUGCUGCUGCCAUUCCCAUCACAUCCCAGGAGAACAUCAUCCUCAGUGAGCUUCUGUACACUUUCAUUGGCAUCCGGGGUACGUACAUUGUUCCAGAGUUCCAGGAGGAUGUUCUGGUGGGAUUUAAGAUUUCGGAUCAGAUUCAUGAUACCCUGAGGGAGAUUAUUCGGGAUAUUCUGCCAUUGGCAGUUUAUUACUCGCAAAUCCAGCGUUUUGUACAGCAAAUGGAUGACUUGGAGAGUGGUCCUGUGCUUCAGGCACUGUCGGCAGCACUUAAUGAGCUCCUUCAUGACUACUACAUGUCUGUGGUGCAGCUGGAGACGGACCUACAGAAGGAGAAUCUCACACUGCAUAAAGUUCUCUUCUUCACACGCCCAACGAUGGCUUCAAUGGAGGUCAUUGCUAAAGCCCUGAAGGCCAUUUCGGAUGAAAACAUCCGCGGGGGCGAAGUAUUGACGCUGCUGAGUGACCGUAUUGCCAAUUUGACGGGAGAUUCAGCUGCCAGGGCAACAUUUAUCAAUCUAGCGCAGAAGGCUGCAGUGCCAUACAUGGAAGCCCUCCAGGCGUGGAUCUACAAAGGAGUUGUAUCUGAUCCACACAAUGAGUUCCUCAUUGAAGACACGGAGGUCGUGUCGAAGGGUCUUCAUGAUGACUACACGAUGAAUUACUGGGAAGUUAGGUAUAUAGUUCGCCGGGAGCGAAUCCCCCGUUUCCUUGAGAAUCUCUCUGAUAUUAUCCUCCGGACGGGGAAGUAUCUCAAUGUUAUCCGGCAGUGUGGGAAAACUAUUGCACCCCCACGGGCAGAAUCUCUCGUUUACACGCAUGCCAAUCAGAAUCACGUGGUGCUCAUCAAUGAAGCCUACAACUUUGCCUCCCGCACCCUCUUAGAUGUCCUCAUGAAGGAGAACGACCUCAUGGGGCAUCUGCAGUCAAUGAAGAAGUACUUCCUGCUGCAACAGGGAGACUUUAUUAUGCAAUUCAUGGACGCAUGCGAGGAGGAACUAUCAAAGAAGAUCGAUGCCGUUCAGCCGGUUAAGCUGGAGAAUCUCCUGGGGCUGACGCUGCGUCUCUCUUCAGCACGGAAUGAUCCCUACAAGGAAGAUCUCACCAUGACACUCCUCUCCGUGGAUCUCUUCACGCAAAUGUCUCGUCUCACCAAUAAAGACUGCUCAGAGCUUGAUGAUUCGGUGGAUAAUCACGAUCUCAUCGGGUUGGAGAGUUUUGCCUUUCAGUACAGUGUCAAGUGGCCAGUUUCACUCAUUCUCAAUCCCUUCAUCAUCUGCAAAUACCAAAUGCUCUUCCGGCAGCUCUUCUACUGCAAACACGUCGAGAGGCAACUCUGCAAAGUUUGGAAGUCAAAUAAAACAGCAAAGAAAUUUGCCCCGGAAGCUGCAGAACUGUACAGGUCAGCCUUCACGCUGCGACAGCGAAUGAUGAAUGCAAUCCAGAAUAUCAGCUACUACAUGAUGGUGGAGGUGAUUGAGCCCAAUUGGCAUGUUCUCAAUCAAAAUAUGGCCACGGUGGAGAAUGUGGAUGAUGUGCUGCGAGUUCAUGAGAUCUUCUUGGAUUCAUGCCUCAAAGAUUGCAUGCUAAUCAACACGGACAUGCUCAAAUCUAUUACGCGCUUGAUGAAGAUUUGUACGCAGUUCUGUGAUUUUAUUCAGAAAUCCCAGCGAUAUUUCAUUGAUGCUGAACUCACGUCAAUGUUGAAGAGUUUUGGGGGCAAUGAUCAUUCAGAUUGGGAGUACGAAAUGGCAGCCAGUCAACCUAGUCAGGCUGAAUCCUCCAUGGAGCCAUCGGAAACGUUCUCGGAGAAUGUAAAACGUUUUGAUUUGGAAUUCACGGGGCUCCUCAUAGGGCUCAUAAAGUACAUUUAUGAUUUACCAAAUGACAAUGCUGCGGAUAAACUCAUUAAUCUCGUGCACAGAAUCAACUUCAAUUCCUUCUACAGCGAUCAACUCAUUCUCUGCGCAAAGGACUCCAUGGGACCGAGUCCAAAGUGAGCUCCGCGGGGCAUUUUUUUGAUUGUUUGUUUGUAAAAUUAUUAAUAAAAUUGAAAUUAGAAUUAAAUACGAUCUCCCAGAAGUAAA